GACACUAUCAAAAUUACAAAAAAUGAAUAAUUGAUUAUAGUUUUCAGUUGUUUCACUCACAAAUUACAUAAUUACUUCUCCUAAAUUCCUAAUUGAUUACCUCUGGUGCUCACUUCUUCACCCGUCAAUGGAGGAAAAUACUUUCGACCCUGAAUUAAUUCGCGCCAUUUUCAGACUCGUUUGGGAAAAACGAGGUGCAGAGCGGGAGAAGAAUCAACACUCAGAAAAUGAAGCAGAGGCUGGACCAAGUACGACGAAGAGAAGCAGGCUAACUACUGUCAACAUGAAUGCAUUGAAGGUGAGCUGUGAACUCCUCCGAGUUCUUGUGGCAGAGGCUAUCCAGCGUGCUGCUGCCAUUGCUGAAGCAGAGGGCUCGUUGAAAAUAGAAGCAACUCAUCUAGAGAGGAUACUUCCUCAAUUACUUUUGGACUUUUGAGGCUUAUUCGAAUUUGGUGAACUGAUGAAGAUGUGAUAUGCUAUUUUUCUGGAUUGCAUAUUUAUUUACUGUCCAGACAGCAGAAUCUAGAAGGAGAAGAUUAAGCAAGGAAAAAAGUUUAGCAUUUGCACUUCGAGUCCCCAACUCAUGUGACAACUUUUCUUCUGCGGCAUGCAAAUGUUGGAUAAACUUUAGUCUUCGGGUUAGAUCUCUUGGAAUUCUUAGUGAAAGAGCUUAAUGCUUUUGGAUAAGAGGUAGCUUUAGUAUGUGGGAACUGCAUCUUCUGCAAGCAGACUGUAAUCUCUUAUUCGAUUGUACUGAUUGUAUCAUUGUAUGCAUCACUUACUUGAAUAUUCUGAUUAUGAUUUUUCUAUUUAACUUUCAAAUCAAAUUUUAUGUCAAAACUAUGUAAAAUCUUCCUGAUAAAUAUAUGUAGUGCAGUGAUGCCUUUGGAGCUUGUUUUCCUUCGUCUGAAGUUUGAAAAUAACUUGAUACUAAAGCUGGUCUAUAGAAAAGCUCCACCGGGCUAUUACACGUCUGGCCGUGAAAAACAUGCUGCGAUUUUCCCUUUUGAUGAUUUUACAAUAAGAAAUGAGGGAAAAACAGGUUUGCUGGAGAUUAUGUAACAGAAUGCGCAUUGCGACUGAUCCGAAUUUGAUACAUCAGGUUUGUAACAUGUUACCAAUAAAUAAAUUGCUUAGAUAAAGGACUUGACCAUUAUAGUACAUGAACAUGUCAAACAAUACUGAUAAGCAGAACCUAGAAAAGGAAUUUAACACAUUUUACACCGGACAGAUUGCAAUCUUCUUAAUAUGCAUCUCUAGUGAUAAACUGACAGCUAAUUCAGUUUCUCUCGCAUCAAUCAGUCUUUAUCUGUGAUAGCAUGCAUCGAGCAUCCUUACUGUUUGGCCUCUCCUUAGGAUUAUCCAGAGUGCAGAAGCAGGCAACCUUGAGAACUAAGAGCAUCUGCUCCUCAUUGCCGCUUCCCAGCAAGUUUGGAUCAAUCGCCCUUUUAGGGUCCUCUGAAGUCAUCACAUUCCUCAUCCAUUUCACCAAUCCCAUCUCAUCCGUGUGCUGGAAGAACUCAUCGGAUGGCAUCUUUCCGAUGACCAUCCCGCCUAGCAACACCCCGAAGCUGUAAAUAUCGCACUUCUCUGUGAACUUGAAAGUCUGGUAAUACUCAGGAGCUAUGUACCCCACUGUUCCUGCCACGUUUGAGGUCGUGACAUGAGUGUGAGCUUCAGGGACAGCUUUUGCCAGCCCGAAAUCUGCAAUUCGGGCUUCCAUCUCGUCAUCCAGCAGCACGUUUGCAGGUUUCAAGUCUCUGUGGAUAAUGCGAGGGUUGUGAUGCAUAUGAAGGUACUCCAGCCCUGCUGCCACCCCUACUGCGAUCUUGUAUCGUGCCGCCCAAUCCAAUUCUCGUUUUCCUUCUGAUACUAAUUUCAUAUAGUCUUGCAGGCUGCCAUUCUUCAUGUACUCAUACACCAGGUAAUGGCAAUUGGGCCGUGGCAGAUAAGCUAGCAGGGAGAGCAAAUUCCGGUGGCGGAUUUGGCCCAUGGUUUGAAUCUCAGACCUAAUCUGCCGCAUUUUCUUGUUUAACAGCUUGCUGUCUUCUUCAUUCACCCCGCCCUCUGCAUCUGAAGGCAGUUGAACUAUCUUCUUGAUCGCGAUUUCCUUCCCGUCACUUCCAGGUAAAGCAGCUCUGUAAACUUCCCCACAGCCACCUCUCCCUAUAAUAUCAAGUGAUUGUAAUCCAUCAUCAUUUUCCAGAAACGCCAAGUCCUCGGGCUUCUUGAUCAUCGCGCUGAAAAUCUUCAAGCUCGUGUCUUUUGUGUGUGCUCGGAUUAAGCGCAGCAACAGCUUGAAAACCAUGGAGAAUACCAAUCCAGACAGACAGCCUGCUAGAAUCCCAGCCAUAAAUCCAAGAACCCACUCCUUCACUUUCUUCGUCUUGUUCUUGUUCUUCUGCUUGUUAUUUGCAGUUGUUGCUGAUGGUGAUGGGGCUUGAGCAUUAGCCAUGCUCCAAGAAGAAGGCGCCAUGGCCGGAUUGGAUUGGUUUCUCUCCGCAAACACAUACCGUUUCGGGAUGCUCUCCUCCUCAGCCAAAUCUGCAGACAAGUACUGCUCAAGCUGAUCAUUCAUCGAAGGAACCGGGCCCUCGAGCAAACUGUUGCCCGAGAUGUUGAUGAACUUGAGAUUCCGAAACGCUGUCAACGAAGCCGGCACUUUCCCUUCAAACAUGUUGUUUGCAAGAUUGAGCUUUUCCAGGUUGGGGAACUGCUUCAAGAAUUUCAAGUUCCCUGCAAACUUGUUUGAGGACAAAUCCAGGAUCCGGAGGCGAACCAACGACGAAAAUCCGGCCGGGAGUUUGCCGGAGAACAGAUUGUUCCCGAGGUUCAGCACCUUGAGUUUCUGGCAGUGGAUGAUUUGAGGCGGGAUUUGAUCAGAAAUCUGGUUGUUUUGUAACGAAACUUCUUUCAGCUCAGAGAGCUGGCCGAUAGCUGGAGAUAUUUUUCCAUUGAGCUGUUGGGAUUCGAUGACAAUCCCAACAACUCUAAGAACGUACGAAUCAUUAACGAUUCGUCGUUCGCAGAGAACUCCGGCGGAAUCGCAGAGAUCGCCUGCCGGAGUAGGCUUGAUGCCUAAGUCGUUUUGUAUCUGCAAGAGGGCCUCAUGGUCAGAGGGGAGAAGACUGAGUUUUGAUUGAGCAAUGAUAGUCAAUGUGAAGAAACAGAGGAGAAAGAGAGAGGAUUCAUGGCGAGGUAGUGCCAUAAGGCGGCCGUGGCUGGCCGUAGGAGGAGGAGGAGAUGGUGGUGGAGGCGGCGGUUGGUGUUUGAAAUGGUGGCUGGUUUU